CGCGGCGGCCGGCGCGGCCGGCCGCUGGGCGCCGUGGACAAGUACCGGCUGCGCAGGAAAUUCCCGCUGCCCCGCACCAUCUGGGACGGCGAGGAGACGGUGUAUUGUUUCAAGGAGAAGUCGCGCAACGCGCUCAAGGAGCUCUACAAGCAGAAUCGCUACCCUUCGCCCGCCGAGAAGCGGCACCUGGCCAAGAUCACCGGCCUGUCCCUCACCCAGGUCAGCAACUGGUUCAAGAACCGCCGGCAGCGCGACCGGAACCCCUCGGAGACCCAGUCCAAAAGUGAGUCAGAUGGCAACCCUAGCACUGAAGAUGAAUCCAGCAAGGGACACGAGGAUUUGUCUCCUCACCCACUCUCCGGUUCAUCCGAUGGCGUCACCAACCACAGCCUUUCCAGUCACAUGGAGCCAGUGUAUAUGCAGCAAAUUGGAAAUACUAAGAUACCAUUAAGCUCUUCCGGAGUUUUGUUGAAUGGAAGCUUGGUAUCUGCAAGUACUUCACCUGUCUUCCUUAAUGGUAAUUCUUUUAUUCAGGGACCCAAUGGAGUUAUCCUUAAUGGAUUAAAUGUGGGAAAUACGCAGACAGUGUCACUGAAUCCACCAAAAAUGUCUUCCAACAUUGUGAGCAAUGGUAUAGCCAUGACUGACGUACUGGGGUCUACCUCCCAGAAUGUGAAGGAAUUCAAAGUCCUCCAGAGUUCUGCCGCUAACUCAGCAGCCACCACCUCCUACAGCCCCAGUGUGUCAUUCCCAGGGCUGAUCCCCAGCACUGAGGUGAAAAGAGAAGGCAUUCAAACAGUGGCUUCCCAGGACGGAGGCUCUGUAGUGACUUUUACUACACCGGUGCAAAUUAACCAAUAUGGCAUUGUCCAGAUCCCUAAUUCCGGAGCAAAUGGCCAGUUCCUUAAUGGGAGCAUUGGAUUCUCUCCGCUGCAGCUGCCUCCUGUCUCGGUGGCAGCAUCACAAGGUAAUAUUUCAGUAAAUUCAAGCACUUCAGAUGGGAGUACAUUUACAAGUGAGUCUGCCUCAGUCCAGCAAGGAAAGGUUUUCUUGAGCUCUCUUGCUCCAGGUGCAGUGGUAUAUACUGUUCCUAAUUCAGGCCAGACUGUAGGAUCUGUGAAACAGGAAGGCUUGGAAAGGAGCCUGGUAUUUUCUCAGUUGAUGCCUGUCAAUCAGAAUUCACAAGUAAAUGCAAACUUGUCUUCUGAAAAUAUCCCAGCGAGUGGCCUUCAUCCACUGGCCCCCUCAUUAGUUAAUGUAUCCCCAACUCACAGUUUUUCCCUGACUCCCCCUACUCUACUAAACCCUUCUGAGCUAAACCAUGACCUUGCUGAUAGCCAGCCAAUAUCUGCACCUGUGGCAAGCAAAUCCACCGUGACCUCUGUCAGCAACACUAACUAUGCAACGCUUCAGAACUGCUCCCUUCUUACUGGUCAAGACAUAUUGUCAGUCCCCUUGCCUCAGGCUGCCCUUGGGGAAAUAGUGCCUACAGCUGAAAACCAGGUAGGUCCUGCCACUCCGGCAGUUCACCAGGAUUUUGUCAGAGAACACCGAUUGGUUCUGCAAUCUGUAGCUGAUUUAAAGGAGAACUUCUUACAGAAUUCUGAGAGCAAAGCAUCGAGCAGCCUAAUGAUGCUAGACUCCAAAUCAAAGUAUGUCCUAGAUGGCAUGGUUGAGACAGUCUGUGAAGACCUGGAAACAGACAAAAAAGAACUUGCCAAGCUCCAAACUGUCCAGUUGGAUGAAGAUAUGCAAGAUUUAUAAACUUUAUUUCCUACAC